AUGGCCGACUAUGACCUCUCUCGGUCCAUCCAGCCCACAGUCGGCAUGAGACAAGGCUUAUCGAACUAUGGCGACCCUCACUUCUCCCUGUUUCUCCGCAAAGUCUUUAUCAAAGCGCUGGGAUACAGCGAAGAUGCGCUCUCGAGACCAAUCAUCGGCAUAAUCAACACUUACUCCGGCUUCAACCCUUGUCAUGGCAAUGUCCCGCAGCUCAUCGAGGCUGCAAAGAGGGGUGUCCAGCUUAAUGGUGGGCUGGCCAUUGAGUUCCCGACUAUCAGCAUCCACGAGUCCUUUUCUUCGCCUACGAGCAUGUUUUUGCGCAAUCUUAUGAGCAUGGAUACUGAAGAGAUGAUUAAGGCGCAGCCAGUGGACGCAUGUAUUGUUAUCGGUGGAUGUGACAAGACAGUUCCGGCUCAGCUCAUGGGCGGAAUAUCUGCCAACAAGCCCAUAUUGCCUCUGAUAACAGGGCCAAUGAUGCCGGGAAGCUUCCGAGGAGGCCGUAUUGGUGCUUGUACGGAUUGCCGCAAUAACUGGGCUGCUUUCCGCGCAAACGAGAUUGAUAUCGAGGAUAUUUCAGCUUUGAAUGAAGAACUUGCCCCAACAUCUGGAACCUGCGGCGUCAUGGGCACGGCGAGCACCAUUGCGUGCCUUACAGCUGCUCUUGGACUUAUACCACUUCGAGGAGGCGCAACAGCUCCCGCCGUCUCAAGCGCUCGGCUGAGGAUAGCUGAGCAGACCGGUGCAAACGCCAUCGGAGCAGCCAAAUACAAGCGCACACCUCAGUCGAUUCUCUCGGAAGCAUCUUUCCACAACGCCAUCACCGUUUUGCAAGCAAUUGGAGGCUCAACCAAUGGGAUAGUGCAUCUACUCGCCAUUGCGAAUCGGCAUCCCGAUGUUUAUGGCAAAAUCACUUUGAAGACGGUGGAUGAGAUAGGACGGAAGACGCCGUUGGUUGUUGACCUUAAACCUAGCGGCGACAAUUACAUGACGGAUUUACACAAUGCUGGCGGUAUUCCCGCUCUGUUUAAUACGCUACGGCCUCUGUUGAAGUUGGAUGCCCUGACAAUAACUGGGGAAACACUUGGCCAAGCUCUGGAUGCUGAGAAUUUUCGCUCGUUUCCGUUCUCUACUCAGAUCAUUCGGCCUUUGGACAAUCCCUUGUAUUCAUCAUCAAGCCUGGUGGUGCUGUAUGGCAAUCUUGCUCCGGAUGGUGCUGUCAUCAAAGCUAGCGCCAGCAAGUAUCGCCAUCUGCUCAAUCACCGAGGGCGAGCCGUGGUGUUUGCAGGCCCUGAGGAUCUUGCAAAGCGUAUUGACGAUCCGGAUCUCGAUGUUGAUGAAAAUUGCGUCUUGAUCUUGCAGGGCAUAGGACCUAUUGGCUUCACAAGCCCGGGUAUGCCAGAGGCAGGCCUUAUACCCAUCCCACGCAAGCUCGCCUCUCGUGGGGUCAAAGAUAUGCUGCGGUUAUCUGAUGGGCGCAUGUCUGGCACGGCGGGAGGCAGCAUCGUGUUGCAUAUAUCACCCGAAGCUGCUUUGCCCGAAAGCGUUCUCGCCAUUGUGAGAGAUGGCGACAUUGUAUGCUGUGAUGUUGAAAGAAGAAAGCUUGAAGUGGAAAUCGCUGAAGAUGAAAUUGCUAGAAGGAUAGCGGAUAGGAAGACCAAGUUGGACGGAGGAUUGAAUGCUCGGGGGCCUGCAGAAUCUAGGAGGCGACCGGCUCGCGGAUAUAGAGGUCUCUAUGAGAAGAGUGUAAUGCAGGCUCAAGAUGGCGUGGAUUUUGACUUCUUGACUGCUAAUGGGGCUGGUCAAUGA